UUAUGAAUGAGAUCUAGAUUGAUUAUAUAAGUAGUUAAUAGAACAAAGGACUAAGACCUACUAACAAGGAACCUGUUAAAAAUAAUGUCAAAGCCAUAUAAUUUUUCACAUUAAUUUAAGUAAUACUACAAACCAAGAUGGGUCCCUUUAUAAACACACAAGAAAAAGGGUAAAAAAAAAAAAGAGAGAGAGUGGGAGAUGGGGCAAAGCUAGGAAAGAGCCGAAUUAGUGUCAAUACUAGUUCUACCACUUUUGUCUUUUGGCUCUUCUUCCUAUAAAUAUACCCCAUUUACUCUUUAUUCCUCGAGAAGCUACUAUAUUACUUAUGUUUAGUUAGUCACAUAUAUAUAGUAUAUAUGUUCACAUAAUAAUAAUAUCUAAAACCUUAUUUUUAAGGCAUUUCUUAUGGAAGAACCAUCCAUGAUCACUUCAUAUUGUGAUCUCCAUACCACCUCUCCCUCCACCUCCUCCUCCACCACCUCCAUCUCCACAAAAACUCGUACGAAAAGGCCGAAUGAGAAAAUUAGUAAUGAGGGUCGAAAAAAGAAGUGUACCGAAAAUUUUGAAGGGAAACACCCUAUGUAUAGGGGUGUAAGGAUGAGGAAUUGGGGUAAAUGGGUAUCCGAAAUCCGCGAGCCUAGGAAAAAAUCAAGGAUAUGGCUAGGGACAUUUGCCACGGCUGAUAUGGCUGCUCGAGCCCAUGACGUGGCGGCCCUAGCCAUUAAGGGUCAUAAUGCGUACUUAAAUUUUCCCGAGUUAGCCAAUCAACUUCCCAAGCCAUCUAGCACGGCUCCUAAGGAUAUUCAAGCCGCGGCUAUUAAAGCCGCCUUGGAUUUCCCCGACUCAUCACAAGCCGAGCCAUCAGCUCAAGCCGACUCCCCAGAUACAACAAUCACGUCCACGUCAUCCAACUACGACACGUCAUCGUCAGCUUCAUCAGCCAAUUAUGAUUACAACUUUGACGACACAAUAUUUUUCAACUUGCCCGAUCUCUUCUUAGACCUUGAAAAUGUUAUUAAAUUCGAGGAUUCGCUACACUGGCAGCUACCCGAAGCCGACGAGCCGACGGCUCACAUUGAGGAUCAUCAGCCAGGAGAUUUAUUUUUAUGGGAUUACUAGCAACAAUAAAUAAAUUAGACAAAUUAAUUUUAUUAUUGACUUUUCUUCAUCAUCCCUUGCAUAAAACUUUGGUAAAUUAGUUUUGUCAUUAUUAUUAAAAUAGUACAUUUUACUACUUUUGAUCCAAUUAUAGGCAAAAAAUGUGGAAAUUUGAGUGGUCAAAUUUGGGAGAGCUAGAAGCUAAGCUAAGCUAUCACUUUGUGGCGUGUGUAUGAAGGGAUGAAGCUAUGAUGGUUAAUUUCGUGCGACUCAAUUAUACUCUGCCAAAGGAGCCUUCAGUUUUAUUUUUUUUAACUAACUUUCAUUUAUUACAAUGUUGAGUGACAUUUCAGAAAUUGUAUGUGAGAUGUAAAACACUUAGAUUUUUUUUAUCACUCUUUUUUUUUUGGUUUAAUUUAAUUUUAUAUUUUUAGCAUGGGAAAAAAAUGUACUCUAUUAGGUAGGAGUUUAUUUAGAGCGCAUAUGUACGUGAUUUAGUCUACCAUACAUGAAAAAUAAUGUUUUGUAAUUAAAUAAUCUAUCUAAAAUUUCAUUAAUUACGUAUUUA